AUGGUGGUCAUGGUGGCACAGGUGUGGGGGUUUUCCUCCACCUCAGGUGAUUGCUCAGGGGUGUGGUGGGAUGUAACGGAUAUGGGAGUGCCCAAUAGGGUGGAGCCUGCUGGACAACGAUGGUUGACACCAGGUAUGAGGAAGUAUUCCUGUCAACUCACCAUCGACACAAACACAGUCAACAACUGCAUCAAACUGUCUGACAACAACAGGAAGAUGACACGUGUGGAGGAGCAUCAGUCAUAUCCUGAUCAUCCAGACAGGUUUCAUUCCUGGUACCAGCUGCUGUGUAGAGAAGUUCUGACGGGUCGGUGUUACUGGGAGGUCCAGUGGUGCGGACCUGUUUCUGUAUCAGUGAGUUACAGAAGAAUCAGCAGGAGAGGAAACUCUGGUGUCUGUUGGUUUGGAAGAAACGAUCAUUCCUGGAGUCUGGACAGUUCAGCUGGUGGGUACCGUGUCUGUCACCAUUACACAGAAACAUCCAUCAUCUCCUCAUUUCCAGAUUCAGUCUCUGGCAAAGUAGCAGUGUACGUGGACGUUCCUGCUGGAACUCUGUCCUUCUUUGAAGUCGUCUCUGACAGACUGAUCCACAUCCACACCUUCAACACCGCCUUCACUGAACCUCUCUAUGCUGGAUUUAGACUAGGGUCCUGGGCUGGUUCCUCAGUGUCUCUGUCUCCAGUUUAGUCUCAAGAGUCUCCUGUCAGAGAAACUGUCUCUGUUGGAUCCUGGACUUGGACUCUGGUUCUGGUUCCUCAGUGUCUCCACGAUGGUGGUGUUGGACCACAUCCAGUGAUCAUGUGGACUGUUAUAAGUGUUUAUGAACAUUUUGUGAAUGUAUAUUCAAACUUUGAAAUCCUGAUCAACCCCAGCCUG